AUGACAGCCCAAACCCCAGUACCACUUUCACGGGGUACAUCCAACGAAGAUUACGUUGGUCUCGCACAAUUCUAUGCUGAUCAAGACAAAGAGAAUACACCAGCAACACCCACCUUCGGACCCAAGACCAAGUCCGAUGCCAUUGAGGAUGAGAAAGACGACAAGCUCUUUCCCAAGGACGUCCCUGAAAUAUCUGAGUACGACCCACGCCUGUACGAAAUCUCCUCAAAUGCCGACGACAUCCGGAGCAAGAUCCGCAUCUGGAUCGAUUCUGGGGCUCAAAAGGUGGGAGAGUUCCAGGACACUAUAGGUGUCAGCGCGUCGGCCUACAACACCUUCAUGCGCGGCCACGGGCCGAGGGCAGGCCAGCAGUCGAGAACGUACGAGGCCGCCGGCAUUUUCUUCAGAGAGCGCCAGCUUCAAGGCUUGCCCCAGAAGCUUCCUGCCAGUGCAGCUAAGAAGGCCAAGCCUACAGACAAGUCCAAGGCCGCGGCGCUACUCGAGGUGCCCACCGACGUUGAACUCCCGGGCGAGAAGGAUGGAACCGUGCCGGUCUACGAGACAUGCGAUACGAUGCGAAGACAGGUUCGUACUUUCCUCAAAAAGGACGGCGUUACCCAGGCGGCGUAUUUGCGGACCAUUUCCAAGUGUCUCCCGGACAAGGCUAGCAUCCAACCCAGGGUUCUGAGAAGAUUCCUGGGUCUGCGUGGACCCGCAAUUGGAUGCUCUAGUCCGGUUUUCUAUGGCUCUUAUGUCUUCUUUGAGAAGCGGAGGAUCAAGGAGGGCAAGCCGAAGAGCAAGUUCAGGCAGGAGAUGGAGGAGGUACAUGGGGAUAAAGGCAUGGACGUUAAGCAUGACCCGCGGACCACCAGGCUUAUCCUUCACGACAGCCAGAGCUGUUUCCGCGACAAGUAUGGAAAACCACACAUCACGCCGAUCAGGCGCUGA